AUGAUGCAAGAACGACGAGUGGCAUUUCAGGACGACCGAGACGUGGUCGAGAUCCCAGGUCGAAAUGACUACACAACGGAUGAGAUAUCUUUCAUGUACUUUUCUUCUUGGGAGUUGGAGAUAAUCCGGUUGCGGGAGAAGAGGUGGGCUCUCGAACUCUCUGUAUAUGGAGGGAUAUCGAGUAAGCAUGAUGACGAUGAUGACUCGACAGGACUGGAGUCGGUAGAAACGAAAUCCAUGCGAACACAGCACAUUGAGAUUGGGAUACAGACGGUCUUGACAGAGCAAGAACUGGAACUUAUCGAAGGUGGUUAUCGAGAAGAUGAGUACAUUGCAAAGAUUUAUAGAAACGCAACUCGGCAAAACCAAGUCUUGGCACGCCACAGGGGAUUUGAUAACGCAAUACAAGUCAAGGCAGGGAAUUUUGCCGAGCGCAUACUAAGUCCAAGCUCGCGAUCGACGACUAUAACGGACUGCAACCCUCGGAAAAGAGAUCUUGACAUUUGUCGUGUCGGAAAUCCGAUUGAAUCUCCUCCAGAGACUGCAAGACUCAGUGUUCGAUUGUCGAGGAUGAUUGUGGUUCCAAUUGACUGUGAAUGA